AUGUAUUUCCAGUAUUCGGUACAAUAUUUUUAGAUCGAAAAUACUCCGGAACACGUAAAAAGAGCCAGAAGAACUAAAAUAGCACCCCCAGUGUCGCCUAAAGAAGAAUGUCCGCGUCUGAUACUAGCACCCUUCUCCAGACCGCCGCAAGUCGUUUUCGACAAUGUUCUCAUCGGUUCAUCAUGCGAAAAAUAUUUGGAAGUUUUUAAUCCGUCCAAACAAAUUCAACAGAUAACAUUAAACAAGGCUUUACCUCCGGGUUUGAUUAUCCAAUUGCCUGGAGAAUGGCUAGUUCUCGAACCAGAGACGUGCUACUGUUUGACCAUGGUGUGGUCCCCUACUCAACCCAUCGCUCUGCGGGAGACCAUCAGGUUCACUAAUGAGAACAGAGGCAGAUAUGACGUCAUUGUUGUAUUGAAAUCUUUGAUGACUAAAGGUUUCAAGACCUCCCCAGGGAAGAUAAAAAAGAAAUCAUUGAAAAAAUCGCCAGUAAACAUUACAAAAAAGAAAGUAGAAGUAAUCUGUAAUACUACCCAAAUUAAGAAAACAAUAAAUGUAGUGCAGUCUACAAAAUAUCAAGUUUUAACUACCAAUAGUGAAACUUUUUCAAAAUACAGACCUGUUUCGCCUAAAUGUCCUUUUGACUCGCCAAAUAGUGUUGAUAUUGAUUUUAACACAUCAGAAAUCUUUUCAAAUGUUCAAAAUCGCACUGCUGAAUCUUUCUUGCAAAAAACAUAUGACAAACCUAUGAUUAAUGACAAGUUGGAUACACCCAAAUACAAUGUUUUGAAACCAUCAAACAAACAAAACUUUGAAACGUCUGCAUCUGAUAUUUUUGACAAUAUCACAUUUACUCCUCUGAAAAGUGCUGCUACUAAAAAUGAAAAACUAAACAAUGGACCUAAAAUUGUAUUGAGUAUACCUUCCGAAAGUGACUAUGAUGACAGCUUAAACAUAAAAGAUAGCAAUAAAGAGAAUGAAACUCACUCUAUCCUUUGUAUUACAUCAACUCAUAUGACUAAUAAUAGAUGGCUAACAGUAGAUAGCCACUCCAAAUUCGCUAAUACGGAUAUCGAAACCCCUAAGAUUGUAAAUAAAAAAAUUCCAAACACAUCUUCACCAAAAGAGUUAAACAGCCCAAAUUUUUCCAUAAACACCGACUUUUCCCGUAUAAGUGACUUAUCGUUUUUUCCGCCACGAUUUUCAACGGAACGCAAGAUGUUCCCAAAAAUAAACAAUGACACUCAUGAUUUAAUAGACGACUAUCAUAUGAAACUAAGUUCCGAUACUUAUACAAAAGAUUCGCCUAACACACCAUUUGAAUAUCACAUGAACCAGAUCGAAUCAAGGCAGUGUUUUCCUCUGAAAGAACAAAAUCAACGAAUGUGUAGACAAGCUUUAUUUAGAGAACAAGAGAUACGGGACUACAACGAACGAAAUUUUGUGACUCGUGCUGAACAUAAUUCCUGGCAAAACGAUUUGAGAAUGGAUAUAAGAUCGCCUCCAAGAUCUUUAACUCCACCAUUACAAUCCAUUCCUGAAGAAAGUGUUCAAUUUUCAGACAUGAAUACAUUUGAUGGAACAAAUCAUCAUAUGGAUACAUUCUCUGUUAAUCGUACUUAUAAUAAGCAUGAAAAAACAGUGAAUAGGCAAACCUCUUGGUCAAAAAAAGCUGUUGUUAAAUCGAAAAUUUUACCGUCAACGCGGGUUUCCUCUACGAAAAUAAAUUCCACCUUUGAUGCGAAUAAAAGUAACGCUACGAAUGUCACUCUUAAUUAUAUUCCAAAUGUUUAUUCGCAAUCACUAACUGUUGACCCUUUCUUAUCAACUACUUAUUUCUAUGAUGAAGCUCUAAUUCAUAAAUUUGAAAGGGACUUCAAACGUUGGCUCAAUUAUAUAUUGACACCUCCCGAUCUCGAUAGUAAUGUUGAACAGAAAAUUGAUGUAGGUAAGGCAUGGAUUGAAAAUAGAAACAAAGAAGUUCCAACAGCUCCAACUAGAGAGAAAGUUUGUAAUGUUUAUCACAAUAGUCAUCGACUGGAAAGUUUACGUAAAUCCGCAAGAACUUUACUUAAGACCCCAGAGAUAUCUCAAGUUCUUCUUAAAUUGAAUGCUCAGAUAGACAAGAAACUCAUUGCAAUAAGAGACGAUAGAAAUUUACAUUUGGAUAUUGGAUUACAGAAGACGAUUAUGGAAAUUAUACUCUCGUACAAUCCACUGUGGUUGCGUAUAGGUCUAGAGGCAAUAUAUGGCGUAACUUUGCCUUUGAAAUCGAACAGCGACAUUGAGGGAUUGACGUUGUUUAUCAUUCAAAGGAUGUUCAAGAAUCCCUUUUUAAAAAAUAAACAUUCGAAAUCGACUGCACCAAACAUGCUGCUGCCGGCAUAUAUUGAGGCAAUCAAGAAGUUUAGUUUGAAGAAAUUUUUCAUGCUGGUAUUCUUUUUAGACCAAGCCAAACAAAAGAAGUUAAUAUCUCAUGAUCCUUGUUUAUUUUGCAGAAAUGCAAUAUGUAAAGAGAGUCGGCAAAUUAUAAUCCGAUUCACGCGGGAACUAAUAGCCGGUAUCGGCGAUAUCACUAAACAUUUACGACCACUGGGUUAUGUGGUCGUUCAUAAACAAACAUACUUAGAUGAGUAUAAAUAUGGUGUGAACGACAUAGCGAUUGAUUUGAGGGAUGGAGUUAGGCUGACGAAAGUCUCUGAAAUUAUUUUAAUGAGAGACAAUUUACUGUGCCAAUUACGCGCUCCAGCUGUUUCGCGCUUGCAAAAAAUACAUAACGUUGAAGUGGCUCUCAAAGCACUAAGAGGAGCAAAUUUUAAGAUAGAAGGGGAAAUAACGUGUACUGACAUUGCCGACGGUCACAGGGAAAAAACAUUAUCUCUUUUGUGGCAACUAAUUCACGUAUUUCGUGCACCUUUAUUUGAAAGAGCGGCCAACGUUAUUCAAACUUGGUGGAAAAAGAAAUACGAAGUUAUUGCUGAAAAAAGAAGAGUUGAGCAAGAAAUACUCAGAAAGAGGAAUAUUGCUGCUGAAAUUAUUCAAUACUGGUGGCGACGGAUACAGUACAAACGUAUGUAUGAGAAGAGAUUGUAUGAGAUAACUUGUGCUGUAAUUACUUUACAAAAAUUCUGCCGAAUGUGGCUGUGCCGCAGCCGUCUGCGCAAGUAUAAACAGAGUGUACUUAAGAUAGAAAAAUGGUAUACGGAUUUGAAAUUAAUUCGAGAAGCUAAAGAGAUAUUACGAUUAAAGAGAGAAGAACGAAGACACAGGUGCGCAGUUCUCAUUCAAUCGAAUGUCAGACGUUGGUCCUGUAGAAAAAAUUAUCUAGAAACUUUGAAAAAAGUAGUUUAUAUUCAGGCUCUAGUCCGUAGGUUUUUGGCGAAAAAGCGAUAUCAAACGCUAAGAAAUUGCACUUUGUAUAUUCAAAGAACAUACAAACGUAAGUUGUUGAUGAAAAAAGAUAUGACCCACUUUGCUGAAAUAAAGGAAAAGGUUGUGCUUGUACAGAACUAUUACAGAAUGAUAAAACAACGCAGACUGUUUUUGUCCACUAAAAAUGCCGUUAAAACGAUUGAAGAACGUUACUUAGCAUUGAUAAAGAUGAGGGAGGAGCGGAGGAAAUUUGCGGAACUGAAAGAAGUAACGAUAAAACUCCAAGCUAGUUAUAGACGUAAUAAAUGUAGAAACGAAUAUAUUAAAAAACGAAAUUUUAUAAUAGCGAUACAAAGAAGAAUUAAAGCAUACCUUACAAUGAAACAAACCAGGUUGCAGUAUCUCAAAUUAAGAGAUAGUACAGUCGUUAUACAAACGCAUUUAAGAUCCUAUUUGAAAAUGAAAAAAAUAAGAGAUGAUUAUGUGAGACAAAGAAAAGCUGCUCUUAUUAUUCAAAACUAUUACCGGUCGUUUAUAAAAACAAAAAUACAGAGAAAGCAAUAUUUGGAAUUGAAAAAAGCCACUAUAACAAUUCAAACCCAUUAUAGAAGUUUAUUAUUAAUGAAGCAAAUGCGAAACGAUUUUAUAAAAAUGAGGGACGCAGCUAUUAUAAUACAGCGAAGAUUUAGAGCGCAGGUUUUAAUGAAAGAAUUAAGAGGAAUAUACGAAGCAUUAAAACACGCAGCUCUGACAAUCCAGGCACGUUAUAGAGCCCAAAAAGAAAUGAUAAUGCUUAGGACACGUUUUGAGACAAUGAAACGUUCGUGUAUAGUUAUUCAAAGAUUCUUUAGAGCUUAUCAGAUUGGAAAAAGUAUGCGCGAAAAAUAUCUGCACCAAAAAGAAGCCGCCAUAAAAAUCCAAAAAUGGUAUAGAAAUCAUACAAAAGGUAAUCAAAUAAAGGAACAAUAUGAAAUUACGAAAAAAGCCUGCGUUACGAUUCAAAAAGUAUAUCGUAGUUAUAUUCUCACCAAGAGGCAACGAGAAGAAUAUUUGCGAAUUAGAACCGCAACAAUAUGUUUACAGAAAUAUUAUAGAAAUUAUGUUGUGUCAAAGAAUAUUAGAUUACAAUACCUACAAAUGAAGACUGCUACAGUUACAAUUCAGAGAUAUUGCAGAGCAUAUUUAGAAAUGAGAAAGCAAACAACAACUUAUUUACAAAUACGACACGCAAUUGUUACUAUACAAACACAUUAUAGGUGUUACAGAGAGAUGAAAUUAAUUAGAAAUUACUUUGUAGAACUAAAGUCUGCAGCUGUAUGUAUUCAAAGACAAUUCAGAAGCUUGCUAGCUAUGAAAGAAGCCAGACAACAGUAUUUAUUAUUGAGGAAAUCCACAAUCGUUAUCCAAACAAGGUAUAAAGCUUUACGUGAGAUGAGAAUGGUUCGUGAACAGUAUUUAAGAAAAAAGGCUGCUAUUGUUUUUGUGCAAAGAAAAUUCAGGGCUCAAUGCUUAAUGAGACGUGCAUCAAAAGAUUUUGUUGCUACAAAAACUGCAUGUAUCACAAUUCAAAGGUUUUACAGAGCGUAUAAACAGGGUUCACAACAACGUAAACACUAUUUAGCAUUAAGAAACGCCGCAAAUGUUAUCUCACGCCGGUAUAGGGACUUAAUUUUAAUGAGGAAAGAAAGAACUACUUUCUUGAGAAUUAAAUCGGCAGUUACCGUUAUUCAAAAUAGAUAUAAAGCUCACAAACUUAUGGUUCAGGAAAGAAACAAACAUCAAAAUCAACGCAAAGCCUGUAUACAAAUUCAAAUGGCUUAUAGGGCCUAUGUUGAAGGUAGAAAAGAAAGAUUGAAAUAUAUACAGAUAAGAUCAGCUGUUAUAUUGAUACAAAAUUGGUAUAGGUCUAUAAUAGAAACGAAAGAACUUCGUAAGCAAUAUUUACAAUUACGAACAGCAACUAUAUUUAUACAGCGUCAUGUAAGAGAAAGAAGACUAGCUCGAAAGAAUGCUCUUGUAAGAGUUCAAGCGAUUAAAACUAUCACAAAUUGGUACAUCACUAUAAAAGAACGCAGAUGGUUCUUAGAAUUAAGAAGAAAAGUUGUUAUUUUGCAAUCAGUCUUCCGUAUGUUAGUUGUACGCAAUCACUACUUAAAAAUAAGGAAUUCGGCAGUAAAAAUACAGAGAUAUUACAGAUCCUAUUUAUUAACGAAGCGCUUAAGAACUCAAUUCCUUGAAGUUAAAACUAAUAUAACGAAGUUGCAAGCACAUGUCCGAUGUUUCAUAGAGAGAAGAAAAUAUCAACGUCUUAAAUCGGCUGCCAUAGCUAUUCAGUGCGCGUAUAGACUUAAAAGAACUAGAGAUCUAAUCCAUCAAAAUAAAAAAGAAAGGGCUGCUUUGUGUAUACAAAAUAAUGUACGUAGAUAUCUUGUACAAAGGGCUUACAAACGAUUCUAUGAAAAGUUAGUAUUUAUACAAAGAUUGUGGAGAGGAAAACUUCUUACGCGAGAUCUACAUUUCGAAUAUAUACACAAAAGAAAGACAAUCAUUAAAUUACAAGCACAAAUUAGGGGGUACUUGGUGAGGAAGGAGGUGAAGAUCAAGAGAGAGAAUUUAUUAAAACUUCGAGAACAGAAAAGACAAGACUGGGCUGCAGCAAAAAUUCAAGCUCUAUUUCGCGGACACAAAGUUCGCGUUGCAAAUGAUGCAAGAAUUCUUGAAUGGCGAAGGAGAUGGCGCGAUGACAAAAUUCAUUCUACUCAGAGGUCGCUCGGAGAAAGAAAUGAAGAAGCCAUGGAUGUUCUUAGAAACAUGUCCGAUAUCGAGACUGUUAUAAGAGCAUUCCGAUCUCUUGAGCUAUUAACGGAGGUGUUCCCAAUGAUGUACAACUCUAACGCAGCGUCAAUAGUGCGACGAGUCUACGUGUACAUGUCCGUCACGAAUAGAUCCAUUUCUAGCAUUGAAGUGCUCAAGUCGGCAGCUUCCGUGCUGGUCAACCUGACUAGGUAUAAGAUAACUGGACCGAAGAUAUAUGGGAGAGACCGCAUCCCGCCUGUGCUGAAAUUCAUGUGGCGAUUUAGCAACAGUGAGACGCACUUAUUCUGCAUUCUAGCCACAUAUUUAUGGCUUUUCGCAAAAUAUGAUGACAUUAAAAAGGAUUUAAAGGAUUACCUCCAUGAGCCAGAAAAUCACAAAAUCAUGGUAGCCAUUAAGGGCAAUGUUGAUAGGAUGAAGAGAAUGGUGACAAACUCAGCUCGGCAUAGAUUGAGCACGCCGCAGUCGAGCCGUUUUGUUUCCCACAUGAACCAAUCACGAGAUAUAGCAAAUGUUAGUGUUUGCAGCAAUUCCAGUAGUAGCAGUAACCCGGAUUUGUUGCUGCCAGCCCUGGACCCAGACUACGGGAUCUCGCGAGCUGACAAGCCUCGAUACUUUGAGGAUGCCCAACAGGCGAUUAGCUGUCUCUUCCACGCUUAUGAGUUGUAAUUUUAUGUUUUUUAUGUUAUGUGUUGAGAUCUGUUGGAUGGGGAAAGCUGGGAAUAAUUUAGGUAAUUAAUAAAAUAGCAGGUCUGUGAACAGCAGAAGUAAUUAUUCCCUUAAUAUAUGAAUUUUGAAACAACCCUGAGAAUAAAAAUUAUUACUUGCUUUUUUCGUCCCUUACCUACUUUUUUAUUUGUAUUUUUCUAUCUGUUAUAUUUUCAACAUCUUUAAGACAACACAUCCUCUUAUUAUUGCAAUAAUUGAACCUUGACAUAAUCAUGUUAUUUUUAAUGUUAACUCUCGCUUUGAAAGUAAAGUGAUUGUAUGUUUAAUGUUUAAUUUAAUAAAAUAAUAUAAUAUAUUCAAUUGUGUGUUUUUUAUGACUGAUAGAUUUUGUAGUUUAUGAAAGGCGCAAAGGA